AUGGAUUCCAUGCUGGCAGACUGGCCUAUGUCGAACUCCGACCUCCCUUCAUGUACAUCUACUACGCUUGGGGGGAUGCCAGAACGACAACUGGAACAGGAAGGGCCGCCAAGAUCGCAGAUGGAGCGCUCGACCUAUCGCUCACGCAAGAAGCUUAGAGAGAGCUGCAACAACUGUGCAAUCUCGAAGGUCAAAUGCACUAAGGAGCAUCCCCAAUGCCAACGGUGUGAGGAUCGGGAGAUGCAAUGUCACUACAGCCCGACGCGCCGCACUGGCAAGCGCCGUGCCUGGAGUCAGACCUUACCGGCACCCAACAAAGUGAUCGACACACCCACGUUGGCCAAUGCAUCGAUGCACAGUCCGCCAGGUGGGAAGGGAUAUUCCGAUUACCAGAAUCUGGUCUUUGACCAUAGCUUCGGUUUGGGUGUCCACUUCUCCUCAGAAUUGGAGAGUUCUCUUGUUGAGAAAUCUGGAGCCUUUGAUGGAAAUCUCCAGGUUGACCUCUUCCAAGACACAUUGGAUCCGGGCCUCUUCAACCAUCCCAAUCCUUCAGAUCCUCGAGUGGCUCUCGAGAUGGUUCCCUCUAAUAGCAUGCAUUUGGUUGUGGAUCCAAAAUAUGAAGACCAGUACCAAAGCCUGGUAUUCAAUCUCUCGCCACCGGUGUCUCGGGAACAUGACAUGUCAAGUCAUCCAGGAGCAUCAAUAUUUGACCACACAACCGACAUCCACGGUGCAGCUGUCGGAAACUAUUACUCCACGUUGCAAAAUAGGCAUUCUUUUGAUGACAACAAGAAAGAGUCUCUGGCAGACGAACAAUCACUGCAUUGCCUCGGGCGUUGCCUUGAAAUUCUGCGCAUGCUACACGACCCGCCGACGAAUUGCGCUCGGACAUCUUCUGUCGCAUCAUCAUCAUCAAGUAGCCUGGCCAUGGAGGCCACUUCUUCACUCCUAGCUACAGUGGAAACGUCCGAGGAGCUGCCAACAUCCAGAUCAGCGAAGACACCAGCGACCCCGGCGACCCCGGAAAAGCCGCCCUCUGCUGCAUCACAGCCUUCACAGACAAAAUCUGGUUUCCCAAGGACCAUUGAGCAGGUCUUAGCAAUCAACAAACAGACUCUCGCUGCUGUGGAAGGAAUGCUUGGCUGUCCUUGUUCGUUGAAUAUACAGGUUGCCCUGCUCAUGACAACCAUCGUAUCCAAGAUCCUGUGCUGGUACGGUGCAGCGGCCCGAGCGGUGCCAGACGAGCCACAGGAUAAAACAAGAAACUGCUCUGCCACCCCAACUGCUGGCCGGGGUACAUCUAACAUGAGCAUGUCUCUGGUCACAUCGCCAAUGCCCAACUCCGGUGUCGGCAGAAGAAGCAGCCCUCUGCUUGAUUCCACCCCAGACGCUGUCUCGGUGUCGGCCAUGAGCGCUGUGGGUAGAUAUCCUCUGAACAACGAGCACGGCCCAAAGAUGUAUGCUCAGCUUGUCUUGAGCGAACUGCACCUUGUUUUGCGACUGGUAAAGAAGAUAGUGGCACGCUUUCGUGAUGUCCGCGAAGAUGGUGUAGAGGCUAUCGGUGGCAACGAUCGGGUAGCCGAUAGUUUAACCGGGGUACCUCGAGGUUCCGGCGCAGGGAAGCCUCCAACUGCUGGGCCGACCAAUCAGACAGCAAACCCUGCUACGCCUGUUCUCAUCCAGAUGGAACAGUUCCUACAAAACCAACUGAGGGCCAUUGCCAGAGACACGACUCAAAUGCUCAUUUCCAGCUAG